AUGAGUCUAGGAAAAGUCGAAAACUGCUAUAAAUUUCCACCUGACAUGACAGACCCAUGUGAAGGAAAAGAAUGUGAAUUUGGUGCUGAAUGCCGGCCAUCGGCAGAUGGGAGGACUAGUGAUUGUGUUUGUCCGGAGAAAUGUGCCACGUAUGGGGACAGUAGAGGGUCAAGGCCAGUGUGUGGCUCGGAUGGCAAAGACUAUCCCAAUGUCUGCCAGCUGCGAAGGACUGCAUGCAAAGGGAAGAUAGAAAUAAGUGUUAAAUUUCAAGGAAGAUGCGAUCCUUGUGAAGAUGUUGAAUGUCCAGCGUCACAAGUAUGCCAGUUAGAUAACAAUAGAAAUCCAAUUUGUCGAUGUAACGCAAUUUGUUCACCAGACUUCAGACCAGUCUGCGGAUCUGAUGGUAAAACAUACAUCAACGAGUGUUCCUUAAGGGUGGAGUCUUGCAAGUCUAGAAGAAGUCUUCGUAUCAUUUUCGGCGGAGAGUGCAGUUCAGGUGCCAAUCCAUGUGAGAAUCUGCAGUGCGGUGCAGGGCAAGAAUGUGAUAUUGACAGGUACGGGAUAGCGACGUGCCAGUGUCCUCCCAGUUGUGAACCAGUUAUGAGACCAGUGUGCGCAGAUGACGGGCAGACGUACCACAACGAGUGCGAGAUGACGAAGAGUGGGUGCCAGGUUCAGAAAAUGCUUAGCGUCGUCUACAGAGGAGCAUGUGGUGCAGAAGGAACUUGUUUUCAGCAUGAAUGCGAGCACGGAGCUCUUUGUUUGAUGAAAAAUCGUCACCCCAUUUGCGAGUGUCCCCAGUGUGCUGAAGAAUUUGACCCUGUAUGUGGUACGGACGGAAUAUCGUACAUUAAUGAGUGUAAAUUACACAGAGAGGCGUGCGAACAGAUGAAAAAGAUUGCAGUUGCUUAUCAAGGACUUUGCAGUGGAUGCGAGCAUAAACACUGCGAAUAUUACGCUGCAUGCGAGAGUGACUCUGAAGGUGUUGGUAGAUGUGUUUGCCCGAAAAACUGCGUGAAGGUUGACAAUAUUGUUUGUGGUACUGAUGGAGUCACAUACAAAAAUGAGUGCGAGAUGCGUGUAGCAGCUUGCGAGAAAGAACAGUAUAUUAUGGUUGGAUCAAGAGGACCGUGUGAUCUAUGUCAAAAUGUGCAUUGCAAACAUGGAGCUCGCUGUGAAAAUGGUCACUGUAUUUGUGCCUUUGAUUGUCCUGAUAAUUAUGAUCCAGUAUGUGGAAGCGAUGGAGCCACUUAUCGGAAUGACUGCGAGAUGAGGAGAGGUUCUUGCCAAAAAGGAAUCAAUUUAGCGACGGUAUUUUUCGGUGAAUGUGACAGAACACUCUCAGGGUCAAGAGAAGACCACGAAGUAAAUAUGCACCUCCUAACGUGCGAGAUGGCAAAUUGUCGAUUCGGGGGCGUCUGUGAUCAUGAUUCGAGAGGGUAUGUUCACUGCAUUUGUUCCUUUCACUGUUCUCCUUUGCGUGAUACAGUUUGCGGAUCGGACAGCAGACUCUAUGAAAACGAGUGCCGACUGAGGGAGGAGUCCUGCAGACUGCAGCAAAAUAUUCAGAUCGUUGCUUCAGAAAAUUGUGGACUUGUUUCUGUUAGUGUUUGCUUGCAAUCGCCGUUUGGAUGCUGCCCCGACGGGAGGACCUUGGCUCUUGGACCAAAUGCAGCUGGAUGUCCGAGUACUUGUAACUGCAACCGUUUGGGAUCUUACGGAGAGAGCUGCGAUGCCAUAUCGGGACAGUGUGAAUGCAAGACAGGUGUCGGUGGACUUCGCUGCGACAGAUGUGAACCCGGGUAUUGGGGUUUGCAUAAAAUUGUUGCUGAUGGAAAUGUUGGGUGCCUUCCGUGCGACUGCAAUAUGCAAGGCUCUGCUAGAGACGAUUGCGAGCAAAUGACUGGUAGGUGCGUUUGCAAACAUGCUAUUUUGGGCAUGAAAUGUGACAUAUGUCCGGAAGGAACAGUUUUAGGUGAUGACGGAUGUAUGGAUGAAUCUUUAGCGCAGUCAUAUCCGGGACCGUGCAGUCAACUUUACUGCAAAUUUGGAGCUGUGUGCCGCGAAUAUGGUAGCAGGUCUCAAUGUUUCUGCGAAGUUAGAUGCCCACGAGUGAAGACACCAAGUCCAGUUUGUGGAUCGGAUGGAAACACCUAUGCAACAGGCUGCCAAAUGAACGUAUUCAGCUGCCGUUACCAGAAACCAAUUACGAUGUCGCAACAGGGUCCUUGCAAACCGGGUGGUAUAAUCAUUGGUGCAGAGGAAGUUUCACCAACAGCUGGUCCUGUCAGAAGAUCAACAGUGCAGAAAACAACUAUGGAUCAGUUUGAAUCAAAAUCAACAAGGGAUGUCAGCCACUCAGAGCAGUUCUACCUUAGUACGGGACCAACAACUUCCAAACCAUCAAUCCAUGAAGUUCCUGUAGAAAUUCCAGCCUUUUCCGGAGGAUCAUAUUUAGAGCUGCCCAAACUCCAAGCUUAUACUCGCCUUUCUCUCGAGUUGGAGUUUAGAUCUUUUAGUAGCAAUGGAAUAAUUUUAUACAACGGCCAAACAUCAUCCGGCGCGGGAGACUUUGUAUCGAUUGCUGUAAAAGAUGGAUUUAUUGAAUUCAGGUAUAAUCUUGGAAGUGGACCUGUUGUGUUAAAAUCCCCUCAUCGCUUGCAGGCUGGAAAGUUUCACAGACUUGUAGCUAAACGUUACCUUCGAGAUGGUGUUCUGACACUGGAUGGUCAAGAAGACGUUGCUGGUCAUAGUGAUGGUUCCCUAAAGUCACUGGAUUUAGCAGAAAACAUGUUUUUAGGAUAUAUACCGAGCGAAAACAAAGGAAUUUUUGAAAAUAUUGGCACAUCUAGAGGUUUGAUUGGAUGCAUUCGGCGAUUAAGAGUUGGCCAAUCAGAUGUUAAUCUAACUUAUCCUAUAUCAAAAGACAUCAUUCGAGGACAAAAUAUUCGCGAGUGUCAUGGAAAGCCUUGUAAUACUUUGCCUUGCAGAAAUGGAGGAACUUGCAUACCAAAAGACAAUGACACAUUUAAGUGCCUAUGCGCGGAAGGAUUUUCAGGAGACACGUGUGAAAAAUCUGAAGAUCCGUGCGCCAGCUUUCCGUGUGCUAAUGGCGCAACUUGCAUAUCUUUACCUGAACAAGAUUUUACUUGUUCUUGCGAUAAGGGCUACAGUGGAAGAUUUUGUGAACACAAGCCAUCAAAACCAGUGGUAAUCGAAGAAGUCUACAUCCCAGAUUUAGACGGCAGCGCUUUUCUAGAGCUUCCAACUCUCCCGAAUGUCGGACAGGAGUUUAUCAUCGAGCUCUGGUUUUUGUCAAGAGACGGAAACGGAGUGCUUCUCUACAAUGGGCAGGAAUCUCUAGGCAGAGGAGAUUUCGUCGCCCUCAAUCUCGUGGAUCGAUAUGUGCAGUUCCUCUACGACCUUGGGAGUGGGAUUGCUAACAUCACGAGUGCCUCACCUAUCAUUAUCGAUCAAUGGCAUGUGGUAAGAGCUACAAGGAUUCUAAGGCGGGGAUCGCUGCAGCUAGAUGAUGGUCCUGUCACAACUGGGGAAUCAAAGGAACCACUAAGUGAACUGAAUCUUGAUCGUCCACUGUACUUGGGAGGUUAUAGACAUUUAUCUACCAUCAAUCCUGAAUCAGGAAUAACUUCACGAUUCAGAGGUGCCUUUCAGAGACUGGUGUUAAACGGUGAGGUGGUUGACGAUUUAAGAAGAGUGGCGAAGUCAUCUCAAGAUGUGGGUCAUUUUUACGGCCCUCCCUGUGGACCAAAUCCGUGUCACAACGGUGGAAUGUGUUUGCCUCAGCUAAACAACUUUCAUUGCAAAUGUCCGGUGGCAUAUACUGGGCUUUGGUGUGAAAAAUAUAUUGAAAAUGUGUCGAUUGAUGAGCCAAUCCGUUUUGAUGGAAAGACAUUCCUAAAAUUUCCAGACAAAAUUUACACACGUGUCUACGCUGAUGGACAUAAUCGAAUUGAAGUCACUUUUCGUACUGAGACGAUUAACGGACUUCUGUUGUGGUCUCACGAAGACGCUCCAACUAUAGGUGACUUUCUCGCUCUGGCAAUAGUCGACACUCAUCUUGAAGUGAGUUUUAAUUCUGCAGGGAACCAAAAGCCUUUACUUAUUCGUCACAACAUCGCUGUCAGCAACGGACAGUGGCAUAGAGCAGUUGUUGACAGAAAUAACCGACAUGGCAUGCUACAAGUAGAUGAUAAUACACCAUCGGUAGUAACAUCCACACCUGACAGCAAAAAUGUUGAAACCGAUGGAGUUUUAUGGAUAGGUGGUUGCUCAAAUUUACCCGCGGGCCUUCCUGAUGCUUAUUACAAAGGUUUUGUGGGCUGCAUUCAUUCCGUUAUAGUCAAUGGAGAGGCAUUGAAGAUUGCAAUUCAAGGUGUCGCUCAAACUUGCCCACACACGUGACACAUGAAGUAAACACAUACGAAAGAAAUCUGACUGGUGCUAAAUAAAAGGACAAAACAUAAACUCAACAAACUGCUUAUAAAAGCCAAACACAAAUCAAACCUUAUAUCUCUAUUUCCUAUUGAAGGGUGGACGUAUUUGCUAUUUUCAUAUUUGCACAAUACCUGGUUUAUUAAACUAAAAAUACAGUUUGCAUCAACCAUUUAAAGCAAAUAUAGCUUAUGUGUAUACUUAAACUGAUUUUUAAAAAGAUCCAAUGAAGGUCUUGCGAUUUUCCCGGCACAAAAUUGUUCCAAUUUUAUCGCAAAUGGUUCUUAAAAUUAUUUAUUUAUUUAUUUUUUUAAGGAGAUUUACCCCAUAUGAGACUUUUUCAUUUGCUGAUUCUUAAAAGGUACAUAGAUGCAAAUAAAUGAACAAGUUGCUCAAACAACAUUUUUUAUAUUUUCACAUAGCUUAAACUCCUUAUCGGAUAUUAUU